UACUAAGAAAUGGUAUCUGUAUGACCAGCUGCACAUGAGAGAUGUAGUUCAGUACAGAGCCUGCACUAAGUUGGUAUUGCAACAAAUCUUUUAGUUGUUUCACUAAAGGAAUAAUUAUUCACUUUCUCAGUUACCAUUCAACAACAAGGAUCCGGUUGAGCAAAUGAAAAGCAUCCUCUAUGAUGACAUCAUAUUCCCGGAAGACCUAUCAGAGGAUGCCUGUACUCUAAUACAAGAACUGUUAGAGAAAGAUCCUGAAUUUCGCCUCGGUUCGGGUGACGCCGGGGCUGAAAUGAUUAAAGAGCACCCCUUCUUUAGAGAUAUGGACUGGGACCAUCUGUUACAGCGAAGAAUUACGGCUCCAUAUGUACUGGGCAACGAAGACCUGGAGAGCCAAGAGAACCCUGGAUGCCAAGCUCCAGCACUGCCACCAACUGCUGCAAGGAUUCCAUCAGAGCUGCAAGAGGCAUUCAGAGGAUUCUGAAAGAACAUCAGUUACCGCUGAAGGAACAUCUGAUAAGUAGACGGAAUAGAUGGGGAGGGUGGAGGGCCAGUCCAUAUCCAUAUAAGAAGUCCAUUCAUAUAAAGUGAUGCUCAGGUGUCCCACCUCAGUAAUCUCUGACUGAUUAGGCUAAUAUAGGAAUAGUCUUCUCACACUUUGUAUAAUAUUCUAAAACCUCACCUGUAUAACAGGCAAGUAAGAUCUAGUGGCAAGGUGAGAAACAGUGUAUUUAGUUAGUUAGGGAUUUUCUUUGCCUAAAAUGUUCCUUAGGUUAUGGAUAGCACUGGGUAGUAGCCAAUUGAGGUAUUAGGUAACACACAGGGCCCCUAAUAAUUUGUGGUGUGUGAUGAUCAUGAUAAUUCAUCUUGCCUACCGAUGAUUUCAUCUCUCCUUCUGAUGCCACAAAGUUAUUUUUUCACUAAUGCCUCAUAAGCUGCCAUUGUUAUCUGUAUUUCUAGGAAACAUUUUAGAUUUUACUAGUUUUUUGUAAAGUGAUUUUUGCUCGAUUUUUUGUUUGCAGUUGUAAAAAGAAAGCAAUGGUUUGCUGGUAGAUUGGGCCAGUUUGCAUUUUAAUACUAUAUGAUAUUUGUAGCAUUUUUAUUUAUUAUGAAUAGUAAUUAGUACUGUGCUGAAGUCAUAGCUGAGAUGCUUGGAGAGAAACAGGGAACUUGAUUGAACUGACAAAGUACUGAGGCUACCUUUAUUUCUGGCAGCAAAUAUUUUGUUUUUAGCCGCCGAGCGCCACAGCUGCAAAAAACCGAAUGUCUACACGAACAUCGAGCACGAUUAGACUUGGCGUCACCUCUUUAGCAAAUGCCACAAGCUUUGUAGUUGGCAUCUCAAAUACUCACCUUUCAGAGCAGUGAAGUACAGAUUAAACUAAAGGGUCGAAAGAUGCUCCACUAAACAGAUACACGUAAGUAAAAUAUAUUUGGGGCUAAAUUGGGCAUUUUCUUCUCCAGUUAUUGCAGUUUUGGGGAGAAAUUUUAAUUUGUUUGU